UUAUUGUAUACAUGGACCUGGGCAUGAUCCAGUCAACUGGAAGAAAUCAGGGACUCAGAAGUCUGGUGGCAACAACCUUGGCUCUUUUUCUAGUGUUUUCUUUCUUAGGAAAUUCGAGCAGUGCACCACAGGGACUCGAGAGAAGGAACUGGACUCCUCAAUCUAUGCUCUAUCUGAAGGGUGCACAGGGGCGUCUCUUCAUCUCGGACCAGAGCCGGAAGAAGGACCUCUCCGACCGGCCGCCGCCGGAGAGACGCAGCCCAAAUCCCCAAGUACUAACUCUUCCAGAAGCAGCAGCUCUGCUCUUGGCUUCCUUGCAGAAACCACAAGAAGCUGGAGAAGAAAACUUUGAUCAAACCAGAGUCCUAGAAGACAGUCUACUAAACUGGUGAAAAUAGACCAACUCACAUUCGAAUACAGUUCCAUUCCUGCUGAAAACAUAAAGCAUGUAAAUAAAGCCCUUGGACGCUUUUUACUUCCGUUGUAAUGUUAGGAACAUGCAUAACCAAUUUUAUUCUUUCCAGAAGUAAAGGUAAUAUAGGGUUCUUAGCUGGGGACACCAUGGCCUUCUUUCAUUGCUUCAGGUCCUGUUUAGGUCACCUUGUGUCUUACUCCCAUUCGUAAUUAUAAGGCUAGAGACUCUUUAGAGUGUGCUUUCUAUUUGUUAUAACAAGUAUCCAUCUUAAUCUAGUGAGUUUUAGUUGUUGGCUUUUUCAUUCCUUUACCCCUUGCAUUGUCUUGCACUCAGCAGUGAAUCUCCCUCUCCUUUUCUGCCUUUUUCCCAUCUCCAUGGGGGGUGAGGGGAGAAGCAUGGCAGGAUGGGAAAGAGCAGAGUGUGUUCUCUGAGUAGUUCAUCUUGGAGAUGGAAGUCGUUAAGAAGGGAAGAAGGAGGGAGGUGACUGGGAAGAAGCCCGUGAUAAGAACACUUCACUGUAGUUGCUGAAGGGGGGAGAGGGCGGAUCUGUGAGGCUGGUAGAAGGUUCCUUAGUGGGGCGCUCCCCUUUGUGCUCUUUGGGGAUGUCCCUGAAUUCAGGGGGUUACUGGUAAAUAAGCAGAUGGAGACACUCUGCUCCUGUGUACAUUGUACAAAAGGAACAAACCAGUUUUUCAGAGGCAACUCAUGUUCCACAGCUAAACAGACUCAAAGACUCUGCUUACUCUAACUGACUAGAGCUCUAGGCUUUAUUAUACAUUAAAACGUUAGAUAAAGGCGCCCUGAUAACAUCAGUACUCGGUGAUAUGCCUCAUCUGCUCCUUC